AUGAGGUCGCUAAAUUGCUUGCUCUUUAAGAUCGUGUUCAUUUUAGCAUCGUCAUUUGUUUCGGCCGAUUAUUAUUACAAUGGUUAUGAGCAGAGAACGCCUUGGAAUGGAGAAGUUUCGAUUGAUGACUACGGAAAUUGCCAUGCCCACGAUCGUCCUUUGGUUGGAAGAUGUAUGAGUUACGAGGAUUGCAUCAGUGCCAUGCGAUCCUUACCCCGAGUGACGCCCUUACUUUGCCCCUCCUUGUGGCCCGUUCAACUGGUAUGUUGUCCCCUUGGCGGACAUGUGAAUCAGGAACCCUUGGUCUCAAGGAGUAAAGAAGCCUGUUCGGAUGCCUAUCCAAGAGAUCAUUAUAAGCGCCGUCGACGUCGUCGAAAUUCUGAUCCUAAUGAAGAACAAGUGGAAGUAGUUGAGCCCAUUAUCCAAAAGCGCAAACAGAUUGAAGAUUUCCUGGCUGGUGGGAGAUCCACCCUGGAUAACGAGCAUCCUUAUAUGUGUGCCCUCGGUUGGCCAUCUUGCACGAAUAGAUUGAUUCAUUCGGACGGCUCAGGCCAGCGGAGAUAUUCGUUCAACUGUGGCUGCGUCUUGAUUGCGCCACGGUUCGCCAUAACGGCAGCCCACUGUGCCGAACUCGGCGGGGAACGCCCGUCGGUGGCGUUGAUUGGUGGCGUUGAGCUGAACAGCGAUCGCGGGCAGCUGAUUCAAAUCAAGCGGAUUAUCAAACACCCGGACUUCGAUGAGGAUACUUUGGUCAACGAUUUGGCGGUGGUCAAAUUAACCAAGAGAUCCUACAAUCCAGUGGCCUGCCUGUGGAACGAGAAAACCCUGCCCGAAAGCCCGCUAACUGCCCUGGGCUAUGGACAAACCAAGUUCGCUGGCCCACAAUCCAACGAUCUGCUGCAAAUAAAGCUUCACCACUUGAACGUUCAACAAUGCCAGAGACAUUUGCAAAACGAUGACAAAUUAGUUAAUGGCUUGGGACCGGGACAACUAUGCGCCAAGGAUUACUCCGGCAAAAUGGACACUUGUCAGGGAGAUUCUGGAGGACCUUUGCUGCUCCACCAACAAGAGCGGAAUCACCACGAUAGGAUUCCUUAUGUGGUUGGAAUAACUUCCUUUGGAGGUGCCUGUGCCACUGGAGAGCCCGGUGUUUAUGUGAGAAUAGUCCACUACAUUCAGUGGAUAGAGCAACAGGUGUGGGAAUGAGUCAAAAAUACAUAUGGGUUCCAAUUUAACAUUUUCUAAAUUAUAAAAUGUAUUUAUAGAAACUUAUUAAAUUCGUGCCGCUUAUAAUAACUUA